AUGAUUAAGAAAAUUCCCAAUUUUUGGUGUACUGCUUUUCUAAACCAUCCUCAACUGUCGUCCAUAAUUGAUGAAAGCGAAGAACAAGCCCUGACACAUCUCAGCAAUAUAGAGGUUGACGAAUUCGACGAUAUAAAGAGUGGCUUCCGUUUACGCUUCUUUUUCACGCCCAAUGAAUUCUUCGAGAACGAAAAAAUAGAAAAAGAGUACAAUCUUGGAGACACACCAUCAACCACAGGCACCACCAUACGGUGGAAAGAGGGCAAGAAUUUGGGCAAGAAAGGCGACUCCUCAUCUCCGCUGUCAUUCUUCGAGUGGUUGUCAGAAAACGUUGACCCAGCACACGACGAUAUAGCUGAGGUGAUCAAAGACGAUAUGUGGCCCAACCCCCUGCAGUACUACCUUUUGCCGGAAAUGGAAGAAACUGGUGAUGACUUUGAAGAACUUAUCGACGAUGAAGAGGGUCUGGAGGAAGUGGAUGAUGAAGGAGCGUCAGACGGUGAGGAGAAUGAUGCAUAA